GAAAACUGACUGCAACAUUAAUGAGGAGAAAUUAAGCCUGAGUUGUGUCUGGCACAGAUAGUGUUAUCAUCCCCAGCAGAAACACUCAUGAAAACUUUACGUGAUUUUAAUUAUAGUUACAUUUAAAAUGCUUGUACAAAACAUGAAUCAGGUUUUAAUUUUGCCGUGGAGAUGUCCAUUAAUUGUAGUUUUCUUGCUUCUUCUCCUGAACUCAUUAGGUAAAAAUCAUCUAGUGUUAUUGGACUGGGUCCAUACAAAGCUGGGCUUUUGAUGAACCUACUGCGCACCCCUCAGCCUUAAUCCUGAUUACAUUUGCCUUAGUUGAUCUCUCUGAAGCCAACCCACUUCAAUGUCCUUAGAUGCUUGCAUACUUCAAUGUUUAAAAAAAAACAGUAAAGUGCUGUUGCCCUUACUGCUCUGUUUUCAGUAAACUUCAAAUAAGAGAAGAGGCAAAGCUUUAUGUAAGAAUCACUUUUGUCUUUUGUCAAUCUUUUGUUUUACAGUCAAGUAAGUUGAUGAUUCAGAGACUGCUAAUAUAUUCACCUACUGCUACUGUUUUGGUCAGCUAGGAGUUGAAAUUCUUCCAGGCUAAAAGCAGUUUCGGAAUGGAAAGUAACUUUUUGUUGUGAGAGGAAGUGUCUUUGUAACUGUUGAUUUACUUUUUGGCUGGAAACUAAGUGGUAGCCUGUUGCUGUGGGUGAAAAAGAAAUGUUUGUACUUCCCCCUGCCCCUCAAAAAAAAAAAGGCAAAUGUAAACAGUGUAGGUGCUAAGGAGCAGGGACUGAUUGCCUGUGUGAUCACACAGCAGCUUUCGUCAGCAAUGGAUCUCGCUGUCAAUUGGAGCUCCUGCUGUAUAAAGUAGUAAAAGUGCCAGACUUGAGUGUAAAAGGACAGAUCCCAGACUAGGAAAAAUGGGUGUUGCUCUCAGGGCACAGCAGGAAGGAUUUAAUGUGGUGCCUCUAGGGUGAUUGUGGUGAGCAGAGGGAAUAGGCACACCUUUCAGUGUGCUUUUUGGUCCUAUGCUGUGCACUCUUGAGUUUUUGUCAAAGGGGUCAAAGUUCAGGAUGAGUGCACAGCUCAUUCCAGCAAGGAAGGACGCCCUCCUGGCUGGCUGGCUGCCACCUUCUAUCUUUCUAGAAGAAACGUGUUAUGACUCCCUUCUCUUGAGAUGUACUGAGAAAGGGAGAGGCUUUUUAUAUCACUUCCAUUACCAUUGUGGGUAGAUACUAGCGGAGAAUUAGGGAAAAAAGCAUAUAACUGAGAUGCAAACCAAUUAAUUGUUCCAUAUUUUUUGUAGUCCUCUGUAUACUGACAUUCAGAUAACACUGCAUAUCUGAGUGCAGGCCAGCCUUUACAAUCACCUGUUAGGAUUCUCUGUCUUGACCUGUAAUAAACAAGUUCUGAGGAAUUCUUGUCACCUGUUCUUUUCAUUUAGCUCAGUGGCCACUUCAUCUGCUAAAAGUUUGCUUCUACAAAACAAACAUACCUUUAAAGACACCGUCAUGGGAACACGAAAAAGUCUCUUAAGCUGUUGGCUGCUCAGAUGCCAGUCAUCAUUACGAUGCUCUGCUUUUGUGUUUCUGAAAUUAGUUGAUGAUUCCUUUACUUAUGUGGACAGGAAGAGCUCUAGGCCCUUCUUAUUAGUCCCUCUUUAGUCUGAAAUAGGGCCUGUGGUUUCAAUCGUGAUUCAUAACAGUAGGCUGUACUGCUCUCUGCCUUGAUUAUAGCCAUUUUAAAAGUAGCUAGAGGCAGAGAAAGAGAUGCUUCUCUUACAGUUGGGGAGCUCAGACAAAAUUACAUUAUUAUCCUUUAUCAAGGGUUUUGGUUUGACAAAACUAAGAGCAGAUGUAGGAGAUUUAAGCAGCGUGCUCUGUUGGAAAAAAUAACCACCAAGCAUUAGAGGUAUUCAGACGAGAUAUGUUAAAAAUGUUAAAACAAAAGUAGUAGAAUAAAUAAUAUAGUCCUAUAGUGAAACUGCAAUUUAACAUUUUAAUAAGGUGAAUGGUAAUUUAGGACAUACAUAUCUGCUGUGCCACAGUAUAGGAAGUAUAAGAAAAGGAGACAAAAUAUGAGACCCUUGGUGGUAGCCUAACAACUUAAUCCUUGUCUAGCAAAAUCUGAACGUAAAAUGUCCCUGGUGACUGAAGGGAAUUUGUGAAAUAAAGUGGAAGCUUGUAAAGUUAAAUAAGCUGUGACUAACAUAGGAGUCAAAAUAGUGAGACAAAUUUCAGGGGGACUAAAAUGAAAAGAGAAGCUAAAGCUCCUUAGUGUUGGGUUAGCCUUUGAAAAGUCUGCCUGGGCAAAUUUUAAAUUAUGGGAGUUCUAAUAGAAUCAGUUUCAUCUCCAUUUAAAUAUGUCUAGAAUCAUAUUUUUAAAUCCCACAAAUGCUUUGCAAACGCAGAAAUCGGAAAAUAUGUUUAAAUUUUAUUUUCUAAGUUAAGGAGAGUUUUCGAGUUCCCUGCUAAAGUUAAAAAUCUUUAAGCCUUGUGUCACAUUCUGUCUGAAUCCUUGGAGAAGGAAGGUGCUGUAGUGACUGUGAACUGAAUAACUGAGCAUAUAACUGCCUUUUUUAAACAAGGUGAAUUGUAUGGGGUCAGUGGUCUGCUUAAGAAAUCAACAGAGCACAGAAGUAUCUAUUUAUGGCUGAAUUAUGAAAUGCCUGUAUUUUUAAUAUAUAUAUGUGUGUGUGUGUCUGUAUAUAUGGCACAACUCUUGCGUUUAUAUAAAGAUGCAAUAUUAUCCAUGCAGGAAGAUAACUAGAAGAGGACAAAGACAAGGAAAAGGAGUGUAUUCUUGUACUGAAGGGUACAUUAUCUGAUGUUGCACAAAGCCUGGUGGAAGGGUGGGUUAUCGUGCACAGUUCCCCUCAAUGCCUAGAGGAGUGAAGUGGCCAAGUUCAGUUCAGAUCUUACAGGGAAGAUCUGCGCAGCUUCCAGAGGGUUUUAUCAGAACAAUGCAGUCUCUCCCUCGGAGCUUCAAUUUAUUUUGCAGUCUUGAAGAUAUAAUAUUGUUCAAAUUAUGAAAGAAGUUAUGUAUUCUGUUCUUUUAAUUUUGAAAAACUGCCUAAUAUUUUCUGGGUUACUUUCACUAUUCUAUUUUAAAUCUGAUUAUCAUCCUACAAGUGAUAUUCUCUUACAUUUAAAGUUAGAUUUUAAGUUUACCAAGAAAAUCAAGUCUGAACUAAGAGCAGAUCUAUAAAGCCAGAAGUAAGUAGGUAAGUGCAAAUUCUGUAGUAAAAUUACCUGCCCUCUGCACUGAAGUCUGCGAUGCCACAUAGUUUUGCAUACAAAUUCAUGUUGUUGCUGUCCAGCAGAGGUACAGUGAGUAGAAAGGAUGGACUUCUAACUUCAAAUAUGAGCUGAGCUUACAGUCUCAGAUUAAAAAAAGGCAUGCAUUUACAUUUAAAAUUAAAUAAGAUGUUGGGUAAAGCUAUAUAUACUAUCAAUAAUUAAUAUAGUGUAAGAGUAUUUAAUACUAACCAUAAUUAAGUCUUCUGAAUGUGUCCUAUAUUAACAACAUUCCACUUAAGAGAAGUCUUCAGACAAAACUUCCUGAAACAUGAAUAGUACGGUAGAUCUGGUAACUGAUAUCUGAAAUUAUUUUUCAUCGUUUUUGUCAGGAAGUUACUGGCUCAGUAAGCACUUAUUUACUAAUUUGGAUAUGAAUUACUUUACUGAAAUGUAUGUAAAAUUAACUCUUAGGUCCAUCAAAAUAGCAGAAUCCUGCUUUUAUUAAAACCACAGUGGAUAUCAGUCAUCAAAUGUCUGGAAUUUGCUAUUUCCUAUAUGCGAAUUAAUAAGCUAUUUUUUAUUUAAAUUUUGAUACAUAUAAUUUCUUUAAAUAGGGAAUAUCAUCUCUCAUGUUUCAUUUUUACAGCAUUUAGUUUUGCUACCUAAAAAUGGCAAAUGGGCUGUAUUUAGUUUUACAGAUUUAUCAACUAGUGGUGUCUCCGUUUCUUCUAUAUCAACGAAUAAAUAAAUCUGCCUAAUUAUUGUGACAAAUUAGAUCAAAUCAUGCAGCUUUAGUGCUGUUCAUUGUCUACACCAGACCCAAACAUCCAGACUCCUGUGAUAAAAUUAGUGUCUGAUACUCUGCUGUGACCGCAACUAGAGAAAGGCAGUAGGUAGCAAAAGCGGAACUGCUAAGCAUGCCCACAUAAGAAUGUCACACUUAGGUAACAGAGUGUCUCUCAGGUCAGCCUACGAUAAGAGCAAAGUCAAACAAGGCUGAAUCCUUGAUGUUUUGUGUUUUAAGUAUCUGAAAAUUGUUCGCGACCAGCCUCGACCUAGAAGACCUGAAAUGAUCAUAUGAGCAAGGCAAUAAAUUGGUGGUAACUUGCCCUGAGGCCCACGUUGUAGUUGUGAUGUUGUGAAAGUUACAUCUAGUGUUAGCCUGUCCGCAUAGAUCUGUUCAGGCUUCACAGACGGGAAAAUUUUAUAUUUACUUGUACCGAAGGGGAACUAUGGUGGCUGAAUUGUCAUGGCUGAAAGGCUCUGCAUCGUAUCAGUACGGUCAAGUGGAGAUGCACGGGAAUACCACGGCAUCAGGAGAGCUGAGGAACCACUUGCUUUCCAAAACUCCACACCUGAGCAAGAUUUUGGCAAUGCCAACAGUUUGUAGCCCUGCAGUAUUUGCCAAACAUCCAGGACGUGGCCCCCUGUCAUGGGACAGACUGAUUCACCUUCCUGACAGAAAUCAGAAAUGGAAUGUAGUGGGCAUAGCAGGAAACUGUUUCUGUAGGAAAAGACACUCCAAAAAUUAUGGUAACCAGAGGAAUGGACAGCAGCUUUUGCAAUGUCGACAUGCUUCAACUUGGACUAGCACAAUUUUACAGACAGGCCAUACAAAAACAAACUUUGAAGUCACAUCAAGUGCCCAGGAGUACCAAAAAGAAGAAAAAAAGUGUAAAGGGUAUAUACCCAGUUACUUAGACAAGGAUGAGCUAUGUGUAGUAUGUGGGGACAAAGCCACCGGAUAUCAUUAUCGCUGCAUCACUUGCGAAGGUUGCAAGGGUUUUUUUAGAAGAACCAUUCAGAAAAACCUCCAUCCAACCUAUUCCUGUAAAUAUGAAGGAAAAUGUGUGAUAGACAAAGUAACAAGAAAUCAAUGCCAGGAAUGUCGCUUCAAAAAAUGUAUCUUUGUUGGCAUGGCAACAGAUCUGGUAUUGGAUGACAACAAGCGGUUGGCAAAGAGGAAGCUGAUAGAAGAAAAUCGAGAGAAGAGACGUCGGGAGGAGCUGCAGAAAACGAUUGGGCACAAACCAGAGCCAACGGAUGAAGAGUGGGAGCUCAUCAAAAUUGUUACUGAAGCACACGUGGCCACAAAUGCACAAGGAAGCCACUGGAAGCAGAAGAGGAAAUUUCUGCCAGAAGAUAUUGGGCAAGCACCAAUAGUUAAUGCCCCAGAAGGUGGGAAAGUGGAUUUAGAAGCCUUCAGCCAGUUUACAAAAAUUAUCACACCAGCGAUUACAAGAGUGGUGGAUUUUGCCAAAAAGUUGCCUAUGUUUUGUGAGCUGCCAUGUGAAGACCAGAUCAUCCUUCUGAAAGGCUGCUGUAUGGAGAUAAUGUCCCUCCGAGCAGCGGUUCGCUAUGACCCCGAGAGUGAGACUUUAACACUAAAUGGGGAGAUGGCGGUGACAAGGGGCCAGCUGAAAAAUGGGGGUCUUGGCGUAGUGUCUGAUGCCAUUUUUGACCUGGGCAUGUCUCUUUCUUCGUUUAACCUGGAUGACACCGAGGUUGCCCUUCUGCAAGCUGUUCUGCUCAUGUCAUCAGAUCGCCCAGGCCUUGUUUGCAUUGAGAGGAUAGAAAAGUGUCAAGAGGGUUUCCUCCUGGCAUUCGAACACUACAUUAAUUACAGAAAGCACCAUGUUGCACACUUUUGGCCAAAACUGCUGAUGAAAGUGACAGACCUGCGAAUGAUCGGAGCCUGCCAUGCCAGCCGCUUCCUGCACAUGAAGGUGGAGUGCCCCACAGAACUCUUCCCUCCGUUGUUCCUGGAAGUGUUUGAAGAUUAGAGGGGCUGGAGUGGUUCUCCGCAGCCCUUCUCCUGUCGCACUACUGGCUGUCACUUCAUCUGUUGCCCGGCUCUUCUCACCCCUGUUUUAUCUCCUUCUUCUUUGAUUCUCUUCUGUUUCUUGAGAUGGGGUUGGGCUUUUGUUUAAGUUUUUGUUUGGGGUUGCUGGGGGCAGUUGUAUACACAUGGAUGAAAACAUCCCUUUAAUGCGAGUACUUGUGACUAUUGCAAUUUGUUCUUCAGUCCUUUGAUGUGAAUGCUUUGACAGCUUAACAGUGAAAAUACAAACAGACCAAUUUCAUUCACCAGCACUUGUGUGGUCACCAGCUCACACACAUCAUUGCUUGGAAAAUAUGGGAGAAAUUGAACUGGCAGAAAAUAAAUUGGCCUCGAAGUUAGAAGAGAUUUUGUUAAUUUGACCCUAGCAAUUUUGUCUAGUAUUACUUCAUUUUGCAAGGCUAAGUAACUGUUUCAUGAGAUGAAAUUUCUGGUCUUCAUGGUUGUUUCUAUUGUAAAAAUAUCACCAUUAUGAUCUAGGAUCUGAAUCAUCAUUGUGAUCUCAUAAUUAUCUGAGGAUUGUUCCAGCAGAUAGUUUAACUGCACCCCAUAAAUGAAGUACUUAAAAUAAUGCAGAGUGUUAGAAGGGACUGACUCAUUUUUUUCCAUGUGUAUAAGUCAGAUCUUUCACUGGAAGGUCUGUUGGAGCAGAGAGGGGAAUUUCAACCUCUGAGGUGCUUUUCCUGAGAGUGGGGUGUCUGCUUAUCCUAAGAUGCCUGGAAAAUUCAGCACUCUGAAGGAGAAUUCUCUCUGUCAGAAUAGCAGGCUUUCCUUGGAGUUAUUCAGGGAUAUGAAUGUUCACAGAAUGAGGACAAGGAGAAUGAAACAUGUGAGGUGACCUUCAAAUGGGACAGGAACCAACUGUGUUAUUAGCGACACACAAGACUGUACAGCUUUAUCCCAGUAAUACAAAUAGUGUUGCUUGGCAGUAAUCUUUUGUUUUAUAUAUAUAUAUAUAAAGUUUAUAUGCACGUAUAUAUAUAAUUUUAUAUAUAUAUAAUUACAAAUCUUCAGCAGAUGUCUUAAACAUAUUUCCAUACUUUUUUUCUUAUCUCUCGUUUUCUCUUACCCUCUUCUGUGCGCGUGUGCGUUUAUGUGUGUUGAUCAGCUAGGUUCUCCCUCCUUGGUGUCUGUAUGUGUUUUGUUUGACUAGAUUCUCUCUUGAUUCCUUUAAUUUAUUUCCACUAACUGCACUAGCAGGGACCAAACUGAGCAAUGACAGGAUGUCCUGCUGCCGAAAUCUGCAAGCCAGUACUCACAAUCCUGGAAUGUUUGGAGGCCGGUGAUGAGGGCAUUGUAGGUAGAGGUUCCUCUCUGUCACUGAUCUCCACUCAGGGGUGUUGUCCCUGGGUUUUACAAACUUGAUGUUCAACUAUGUUCUGAAUCUGUAUGAUACAUCAAAAGCAUUCUUCUGUUCUUCCCGAGAACCAGAGACUUAUUAGUUCACGCAUUUCACACUUCCUCAUACCCCACGUUCUUUUGUGUUGUGCAUCCAUUUGUACCAGUUUCUUGCUCUGCUAUUUAUUGAUAUAUUUGCCUGCCAAGUCAGUGGGCGUUGUUAGGGUGGAUGCAUUGACUUUCAAAGCUCAUGGCCCAUAUCUAAACCUGUAUGUUACAUGUUUUCCCCUCAUGAUAACAUGAUACUCAGGAAAACUUACCUUAUAGGUGGAAGACAGUAUGUAUGUGUCAGGAGUUAAAUUCUUUUCACCCCUUUCUCCCUAUAUCAUUGGUAAAUCAUUUAGAGUGAUAUUGGCUAUGUUUUCAUGGGUAUGGAAUCUUGCUCUCCCUGUUCUUUGAUAUCAUAUGAGUUUUGAGCACUGAUGUUAUCACUUGGGGUUUGUGUCUGUAAUUCUGUGAGAAUAUAAACCACAAUGGGGUGGUUGGGAUUUUUUUUUUUUUUUUUGGAGGUAGCAAGGAAGACAAACCUUUGGAAAUUUGUUCUUUAAUGUUUGCUGAAGCUGAAGAACCUCUGUUGUGGGAUGCAUUUGCGCCAUCUCGAAGCAUAUGUGUUAACAACAUCAGUCUCCUUCCAAAUUCUUUGUAGAGCACUGUCUUGGGGACAAGGGGUUGGAAACUUUCUGGCUUUUUGGAACAAGAGGCCAAUGUGAUGAACUUGCACAUAUUUGUGUAAAAUCUCAGAUGAGCAGCAUCUAUAGUCAGUAAAGAAUGCCAGGUAUCUGAGUUGGCGGUGGCUUAAUAGGGAACUGAUAUCAUCUGAUAUUAUAUAGGGAAAGCAAAAACAGAGUUGUUCCAUUACUUGCAUCUAUACCCACUGUGGCUUGCAAAGAGAAGAGAAAUGUGCAUGGCUGUUUGGAGUUCUGCCACUGAUUUGUGAAUGGAGUUCCUCCUCAAGGCAGUUCAAGUAUCUCACCUGGUUGCUAAAUGUGAGAUUGAGUUAGCGUACAAGCUUUCAGCUGUGCUGCAGAUGAGACCCAGGAAAAAGCAAAACGUUUCUCAUGGUAGUAUUCACAAGUGGUCUCACUACAAGGUCCAUGAUGCUCCAUUUUUCAGAGCUUCAGUUCCUGGAAUUGUGCUGCUUUUUGAGAGGUUCAGUCUGUCAUUAAGGUCAACAAUUCUUAUCCUUUGGGCUAUAAGGAAAAUCAGUAGCCUAAAUGUUAAUUGUUUAGGUGGGCAGUCACUACCCGACAGUGGCUUAGCUCAUAACUACUGAGGCCCUGAAAACUGGCGCUUGAACACUUGGGAUUCUCAGAACUGCAUUAAUCAAAAAAUAAAUAUAGAUCAGAGGUUAGAAAAAACUGUGAGUGCUAUUGGAUUGGCUUGGAGAAGCAGCAAGAGAUGAAAGAACUUGAAAUGCCCUGGAGAGAAAUGCAGUCUGAGACAGUGCUGAGAAUUAACACUUUGCACACUGGCUGCUGUAAAAAUCAUUGCACAUUCAGGAACUUGUACCCCAGGAUCUAUCAUGGCAAGUUAAAAAGUUUGAAAGUGGCCUCGGUAAAUGGAUGCCUGAAAUCAGGCACGUAAGCUGCAUUUAGGCACCCAAGCUAAUGGCCUGACAUCCCAAGAUGCUGAUGCAGUUUGGAGUUGUGCUUAAUCAGGGUUCAGAAAAUCAAGCCUCCUUCCUUAGGUGAUUGCAGAUGAACUGAAGUGCCUAAAAUCAGGCAACCGACUUAGACAGGUUCGGCAGUGCUCUAAGCAGAAAGGACAUAUGUCAAUGUACUUUUAGCUUUUUUGAUUAAGCUGGAGUCUGGCACUGAUUAACAGAGGGGGAUUAGUAGUAUUCCUCAAUUGAAAAUUAAGACCAAGCUCUUAGUUUGACAGAUUUGAUGUACUGACAUCUAAUGGCCUCCGAUCUCUUACCAGUCUUACUUCGUGUGACUUCGUUGUCUCCCUCAGUACGACUCCUGAUAUAUAUGAUCAUGACAUCAAAACUAGAUCACAUUAGGAUGCUCUUGCAGACUCUUACCGGUGGAUACUGACCUUAGUCCUGCAAAGACCCACUUGUUUUUUAAACGUCAGUGGUCUCAAGCCAUUGUAGGACUGAGCCACUGGAUUGACCAGCUGAGUGGCAGACAUCAGUCCUGCAGUCAGCACCCUUUGUAGUAACUAGCCUUUUGAGUGAAAUAACAGACGUGCACUUCUCAGUGCAGUCCAAAGUCUCGCUCCUGAUGGUGCCACGUAACUCUCAUAUUUGUUUUGUGGUCUAUGUGUGGGUCUUACAUAGAAGAUUCUUCCUGUCACAUGGUUUUGCCCUGAGUAAUGUGUAUUUAGAUAUUCAUUUCAUGUGUAAUCUCAGUUAAGCUAUGAUAUUUAUAAUUACAUAUAUAGUGUGUGAUAAUGAUUUUUGUUUACAUUCUGCCAAAAUGUAGACGUUAGAGUUAGACCUCCAAGGUCCAAAUUCAUCCUUGAGCAGACUGCUUGCUUUUUCAGAGGCAGGCAUCAGAAAGAGGAAAAAGCUGUCCAGAGAGACCAUUUAUAUCAGAAAUCUGCCAAGACAUGGCUGUUGAUCACAAGCGGAGCAUGUCAUUGCUAGUGAUGUAUUUUUAUGCUAUGGAACUCUAACCUGUAUGUGUCAUAUUGACUUCUUGCUGCAUGAAUCAUGAAUUAUAAAAAUCAGUCCUACGGUUUUGAGAUGUAGCCAGCAUUCCUAAGGCUAAACCUUUUUCAUUGACAGAAUCAAAAUACACACAACCAAGGAACGUAUUCCUCUCACUGUGAGAGCAGUUGAAAGUGUUCAACGUUUACCUUUUCUCAAAGGAAAAGGCAACAGGACCUCUUAGCGUGUCUUGUUAUUGUGAUCAUCUGGAAAUGAUUGCCAGACGUUUCCUUUUGAUAUAGAGAUGAAGUGAUCCGUAUUUAAAUUUUAUAGAGAGAAUUUUAUUCUAGUGUGAUAGAGAUUUAUUUUCCACUUAAAGACUCAGAAUGGUGUGAGCACAUUUUUUUACUAUGGUAUAUUUUUGCUUUAAAAUUAAAAACAAACAAAAAAAAGGUUUGGCCUUAUCACAAAGUUUUAGUGUGUCGUAUAGAUGUUAGCAAAUGCAAAGGGUAUGCAUUAUUUGUGUGUAUCCACGUUGACUGAUGUCGCCUUCAAAAAACAAUAUUGUGCAGGUAAUAAGUUGUUUGUGACUGUCCAUGGCACAGUUUACCUUCUUUAAAAGCUAACCUUGUUCAUGCACAAGACAAUCAAAUGUAAAUCUACAUCAGCACCCGGGUGUAGAUUAAAUUCAUGUAAAUUACUGAGCACAAUGUAAAAACAUUAAAAGACACUUUAUUUAAUUACACAUUUAAUGUUGGUAAAGAUAGUAUCAGGGCAUGAACUAGCUGACAUACUGUAAUUUCUUUUUCUCUUUUCCUACUUCCCUAGCACUCUUCAGUUUUAGUUUGCUCAUAAAUACAUCAAAUUAGUUAUUCAUCAUUUUUUUGAAGAGAAGGGUGGCUUGGGUUGUUUAUUUGUUUUUAUGAAGUUGGUUGGGAGGAAUUCUUACUGUGUCUGUGAGGUUUGUGGGUUUUGCUUGUUUGGUUUAUUUUUCUAUAUCAGUUUCGUGCCCUGAGGGUAAGGCAAACAUUACACUGUACGGUAAAAAACAGAGAACCUUGGAUGAUGUAUUUUUUUGCAAACAGUGUUAAGAGUGAUGCUAGAUUGGUAAUAUUUUUUCAGCCUAAAAUAUAUUAAAAAAAAUCUGUGAUCACAAAUGUUUUAAACUAUCUAAAGAAAAAAUUUGUAUAUUUCGGGGAAGAAAAUAAUUUUUACAUAGCUUUUGUAUGCAGAUAUUAAAAUGUAAUUAUGAAUAUAGUGGGCAUAGAUAACUGUGUAAGCUUGAAUUC